UGCGGCACGCCGCGGCAGUCGCUCGCAUUCGAGUCGGCAAGAGCGCAGUUGCUCCGAAAUUUUGCCAUGCCCACGCCGUCGGCGCCACCGCUCGUCCCGGGCCCGGCGCUCUUCACACAGCGCGCAUUCGUCGCCGAUAUGGCGGUCCUCGCCGAAGGCUGCGUCAUGGCUGACAUGCACACCGCGGCGACGGCGCCGGGCGGAGGCGGCAGCUUCUGGGCAGCCUUCGGCCCGGGCACCUCUGCGGAGGGCGCGAGGCGCGCGAUGGAGUCGCGCGAGCAGUACCCCGCCUGGGCGCCCGACAAGGUUGGCGAGCACGCGAUGAAGCCCGCCUCCGAGGCGGCCGAAUGCGAGGUGCGGAGGCGGCGGUCUGAGUGGGCGACGGCGCUCAAGGAGCGCUACUCGCCCGAGGCGCUCGCGUGGGCCGACCCGGCGCAAGGGAUGGAGAAGGCGGCUGCGGUGACGCUCCUCCACCCGCCGCCGGACCUCGGCUGCGGCGACGACCCGCUCAUCGUCGUCGCCUUCCGCGGCUCAAAGGCGGCGUCCGACUACUUUGUGACUGACGCGAGCCCGCGAUUCGUGCCGCUGCGCCGCUCCGUCGACCUGUCGGGGACGGGCACCCUCGAGGACGGCGGGACGUACGAGUACGACUUCACGCCGCCGGAGGACGCCUCGCAGCGGCCGCGGCGGUCGCUGGCAGGCAUUGCGAGGACGGCGACCUUCGCGCGGAGGCUGUCUAUCAGCCGGCGGUCGGAGAGGGCGGCGAAGCCGGGCGCGGGCGCGGCGGUGGAGGCGGGGGCGGAGGAGGGUGGCGAGGGUGGAGCGGGGGACGGCGGCAGUCUCGAGGCGGAGGCGCGGCUGCUCUUUCUGCUCGCGGACUCGCCGCGCGAGUGCGCGACCGUCGGCCUCUGGCGAGCCUACGCCGGCGCUCCGGCGCGCGCAGAGGAGUCAUUAAACCACCAGCCGCUCCUCCCCGGCAGGCCACUCGUUGGGAGGCGGAGGAUGGACGAGGUCGAGGCGGUGGGGCGGCUCCGCGCCCUCCGCGUCGUCUGCGCGGCCGACAUCAUCGCGCGCGUGCCUCCUCGCUCGGUCGGAGGCAGCCACGGCGUCUCGUCGCGGCUCGCCAUCCACGCGUCUCGCCGCGGGGGAGCGACGCGUCUCAGCGGGCCGGGCUUCACGCUGCGGCGAGACGACCCGCACGACGCCGAGCUGUGGCGCGUCUUGCCGGCCGACGCUCAUUGCUGCCACGCUCUGUACUUGCGCGGCGAGGCGACGCGUGCGGUGGCGGUGCCGCUUGACGCUCCGUGGCCGUUCGGGGAGGGGGCGGGCGGCGAGGCGGAGGCGGGCGGCGAGGGGAGGGGGAGCGGCGAGGGGAGGAGCAGCAGCCGCGGCGGAGCGGCGGAGCAGCGAGACUCGGAGCUGGACUUUGGUCUCGGGCAGCAGCUGGGCCAGCAGGCCGCAAGCUGGCUCUCGUGGUUUGCGAGACGAGUGGGCGGCAGUGCGGGGGAGGACGGCAGCGGGGGCGAAGGCAGCAGUGCGGGGCAGGGCGAGUCGAAGGAGUGA